UCGAUGUUUUGACGUUUCCUGAAUUUGACGUAAGGGAAACGUCACUUCUGCAGUUUUAUGUUGGGUAUUUUAAUGCAAAGAUAUAAAGCAGCACGAGGAUUUUAUAUAAAGUAAAUUUAAUUGAAAUAUAAAGUGCUCAUAUUUAUCACUUAAAAUUCAAAAAGUCGAUUGCUGCACGCUUAAUUUACCAUCACUCUGGAAUCAAUGUGUCAGCAUACCGAAGAUACCUAUCCAAGAACCUCUUUUGAAAAUGAAAAACAAAUCGCUAAAACGGAUUGAGAAUAAAAAAAAGAAAAUGGCUGCGUUAUUGGAAAUUUCGCAGUUAAAUGAGUAUGAUCGACAUAUGAAAAAAACGCAUAUAAUUGAAGCAGACAGUUCUAAUGUACCUGAUCUGGAACCUAGUAUAAAAAAGCCAAGAACAGAAGCUCAUAUAAGUGAUAAUGUUAAAGAAUCGGAAAUUUAUAACCAGGAAGAGUUAGGCCCUUCUGGAAAACCAAAAUUGAGUGGCUUUGAAUUACAAGAAUUAAAAAAGAUGUUAAGAGAAAAGACGACAAAACUACGGCAGCAGCCCAUUUUUAAAUUACGGGAUAUGGGCAUAAAUGCUUCUUUAAAAACAGACCUGGAUAGUCGUGUCCCUUUGUUUUUGUCAGACAUACAACACUUGAUCAUGUAUUCACAGCUUGGACAUCAUUCUCCAUAUUCACCAGCAAGAUGGUGUGCACUGGAACGAUUCAACAGACUUGCAACAACAUGUGUUCUGUUAGUAGAAAACAUAUCAUUGUAUCACUACAUGUCAUAUGAAAGUAUGUUCCCUUUUAUGCACUCAGUGUUUGAAAGCAAAUUAGAACUCUUGUCAUCAAAUUUAAAAAACACUGAUGUAGUAAAAGAACUAUCUAUGGUGCCUCUAACAGGAACGCAAGUAAAGAAGCUUUGUAAUCAGUUUGGCACACUACAAGAAGCUGUAUUAAAAAGCUCAGAAGUCUUUGAUACUGUACGUAAUCUGUUUCCGAUUGACAAAGAUGAAAAAACGGAUCCUGUUGAAUCAACAAAGUUACCAUCUACUGAUAGAUUUCCAAGAACUCAGUUGUUAUUAUCAGGUUGGCAGAUGGUUGAAGAAAACUUUCCUCUACCAAUUAAGGGUUUAAUGGAUACCAAGUAUGCAGGCUAUGUAUUAACAAAGGACAAAUAUCAAGAUGUAACACCAUUUAGUAAAAUGUUUGGUAUUGAUUGUGAAAUGUGCAAGACUACUACCGGUGAUUUAGAAUUAACAAGAGUGUCAGUAGUAGAUGAAGAUUUCAAUAUAUUUUAUGAUACACUUGUGAAACCUGAUAAUAAAAUUACAGAUUAUUUAACCAGAUUUUCUGGAAUAACACAUAAAAUGAUGAAAAACAUAACAACAACAUUACAGGAUGUCCAGGAAAAUCUCAGAAAAUUGCUACCUGGUGAUGCUAUUUUAGUUGGUCAGUCAUUGGGGAAUGAUCUUCAUGCUCUCAAGAUGAUGCAUCCAUAUGUUAUAGACACUAGUGUUAUAUUUAACAUCACUGGGGACCGUUCUCGAAAAACAAAACUUAAAACAUUGAUGAGGGAGUUUCUGUCUGAGAGAAUUCAGGAGGGCAAAGUGGGUCACUGUUCCACUGAAGAUAGUAUUGCAUCAUUAAAACUUGCCCAACUCAAACUUACAAAAAAUCUGUACUUUGGUGAUGCUGUGAUGGGAAGUGUACAUAAUGAUUUUCGAAAUUAUCCCGACUUGGGGACUUUCAAUUAUGCAACUAGUAUGUUAAAGCAAACUACAAGGUUGGAUAAAACUGCGUUAGUUGUUGGUGUCGACGAUGUAACCUCAAAGUACAAAUAUUAUGUAGACAAGGGUACAGAAACUAAAGAACACGAGAAAAUUAGUUUUUUCACAGAAAAAAGUUGUAAAGAUAUUUUUAAAAAGAUAUGUGAGUCCACAAAUAUGUUUUCAUUAAAUAUAGGUCAUGUGAAGGUACAAAUGGAACAGUUAGAUGGAUCUAAAAUGUUUAAAAAUAUUGAUAGAUGGGUAAAAGAAGUUUAUGAAAAAUUGCCCACCCCAGGACUCAUUGUUGUUGUGCUUGCUGGAAGUGAGGGAAGCAAUGGCGGUUGUUUUAUUCAACUUAAAAGAGAUUUGUGAUUGUAAUUAAAUAACUAUACCAA